CAUAAUAGCCAAUUAUCUGAGCUACAACACAGUAGCCUCCAUCAAUAGAUCUAUAGCUAAACAGAUGGAGCUUCCCUUUAUAACAUUCUGCAAUCAAAACCCGGUUCGAUCCUCAAAGCUAAAGGACACGUCACCAGGACUAGUACAGUACGUUCAAAACAAGAGUUUAGACAAAUUAGUGGAAAUUAUUAGUAAAUACAACACAUCCAAGAGCAGUGAAACUAAUGAAAUAUGGAUCAACCUAUUAUCCACAUACCUUCAAGAUGAUAAGAGCGAUAAAGGGAGUUCUGGAGAUAUGACUGUACAAAGUGAACUGGUCGGUUUUGAACGUUUUGUCUAUGAGAUGAACAGGCUGGACAGCGAAGUGAGAAAGGAGGCUGGUCACCAGAUUGAUGACAUGUUGCUCUGGUGUUUCAUUGGUGGAGACUCUUGUAAUGUCAGUGACUUCAAACUUUUUUCAUCGAACGAGUUUGGCAAUUGUUUCACUCUAAAUACAUUAAAAUACCGUCAAGAGAGCGAAGGGCCAAAAGAAGGUUUGGAUAUUGGGUUCUUCUUGGAGCCAGACGAAUAUAUCCCAGAACUUAUAGAGACCAAAGGUUUACAGGUUGUUCUUCAUAGCAAACAAUCGUUUCCUUACCCCAAGGAAGACGGGUUUCAGGUUUCACCUGGUACUCUAUCAAAUAUUGCAAUGAAAUUGGUGAAAACACAGUAUUUACCGAAGCCUUAUGGUGAUUGUCUGGAGAACUGCAAUUACGACAGAAACUAUCUUCAAGAUUAUAAUUACACCUAUGAAUAUGAGUUUUGUCAAGAUUUGUGCAGAUAUAAUUACGUCAUUGAAAAAUGUCGCUGUAUGCCUAAAGAAUAUUUGGAGAUUACCGGAGACGAGAAAGUUUCCGGUUUCUGCUCUGACAACCUUAAAAGUUAUCUUUGUCAGAAUGAUGUGUACACUGGUGUUUAUAAUAAUACUCUUACCUGCGACGAAUGUGAUGACGAAUGCAGCACCGAGACUUACACUUUUCGAAUGACAUCAUCAGAAUGGCCAACUUCUAUACUCGGGCAAGCUCUGGUAGAAUAUCUCUGUAACAAAACUUCAAUGACCCCCGAGAGAUGUCAGAGUAUGAGAAAUCACACAGACGUGCAACUCAGAGAAAAUUUUGUGGCCUUAAAGAGUUUUUACGACACAAUGUCAGUCGAGACGUAUUCUGUCCAGCCUGCAAUGAGCAUCACAGAUCUUCUCUGCAAUGUCGGUGGUUGUCUCGGCCUGUGGCUGGGUCUGUCUGUCCUGAGUUUCUGCGAAGUCUUUCACUUCGUGGUGGAGCUUCUUCAAGCCGCACUGCAAAUGUUCAGCUUAUGUCCUACCAAACCAAAAAUGUGACCUAUAUCUGUUACUGUUGAAUUGGGGUUGCUUGUCCUAUUUGACAUUGUAGAUAAUGUUCACCUGUGUUGUACAAAUAUUUUACAUAUAAUGAUUAAAAUGUAUAUGAUGUUUUUUAUUCAAAAUGUCUUGCACUAAACGUAAAUUGAUUAUUUUUUUUUACAAAGCUGAUAUUAACUCUGUUUA